AUGCCUCCAUCGAAACGAAGAGAAGAAACAUCCUCGGAGGAAAGCUCUGACGAGGACUCGUCAUCUCCACCGCCAAUCGCCCGAAAGGGCAAAUUCGACGAUGAAGACGAGGAUAGUGAUGUCCUUGAUUCGUGGGAUGCUGCCGAAGACUCUGAGGUAGAGCGAGAAAAGUUGAAGAAGGCUACCGAGGCAAAAGCAAAAGCGGACCUGGAGACAGCCGCCAACAAGAAAUCGAAAGCGCAAAGGAUCGAAGAAAGAAGAACGGCAAAUAUGAAAAAAAAACUGGAGGAUGAUGGUGAUUCAACAAGCGAGGAAGAUACCUCAGUGACUCGAGCUGAAGCCCGACAGCGUGAACAAGACGCAGAUCUCAAACAUGCUGAGGACUUGAUUGGCAAUAUUGGUAUCAACAAGAGCCGGUCCGACGUGAAAACCGUCGUGGUCACAGAUCCCUCAAACCCUAAUAGUGCCAUUGAUCUGUCAACCCUGCCGUUAUUCAAACCUACUUCCAAGGAUCAGUUUGCCAAGCUACGCGAGACCCUGGUGCCGGUAUUGAUUGCCAAUUCCCAAAAAGCUCAUUAUCCGUUAUUCAUGCAAGAAUUCUCUAAACAGAUUGUCAAAGAUCUACCAAGUGAACAUAUCAAGAAGAUUGCAAGUGGCUUGACAACCCUGUCGAAUGAGCGAAUGAAAGAGGAGAAAGCAGCCGAGAAAGGCGGGAAGAAAACCAAAGCGGCUAAAAGCAAAGCCACCUUGGUUGCCAACCGGGAUACUAGUCAGAAGGCAGACACAACGGCCUAUGACGAUUUAGGGUGA